GGAUGGACUCCACAUCAGCUGCUGAUAACAUAAGGGAAGAUGCUGUGAGCAAGGUUUUGGGAAAAGACAAACCUGGACGAGUAAGGGGCUUUGGUAGAGGGAUUACAGCUAAUAAGCUAGCAUAUCUGCAAUUUAGAGACGCUAAGAUUGCAGAAAUGAAAAGUGAGAUUGAAGAGUUAAAGGGGAUGGUGCGAGAAUUAGCUGAGAAGAAGAAAAGUAAUGUUGAUGCUGAAACAUCUGAGAGUAGUGGUGGAUUCAAAGAAGGAGUCAGAGUACAAAUACUGGAUUGGAUUGAAUCAGAGGAUGUUGUUGUUGGUGAAGGAGAAUUCUGCUCUGCUGAACCGAAGUACAAAAUUGGUCGUAUACCAAUUGGUCCUAAUGCAGUGGCUAUCGUAGUUAAGUAUGCACUAAGCGCAUCAGCUUCACUCUGGAGGCCUACUACGGAUGUGUUAACUCUUGAUGAAGCUGUGGGAUACAAGAUAUCUUGGCCAAUGGAUAAAGUGAUUUUGGAUAAGGAUCCAAACUGUUCUGAAGAUUUAUCUAUGCAAAGCAAGGAAGGUGAAUAUCGAAGAUGCAAGAUAUAUGAUUGGACCAAUGAUGAGGACGAGGUCAUUGCUGAAGGUCUCGUGUGCUCUUCAAAAUCCAAAGACAUGGUUAACAACAUACCUCUGGGUCCCAAUGCUGUUAGUGUCGAAGUAGUGAAGGUGUUCAAUGAUCAAGCAUAUUUGUGGAGGCCAACCGCUGAUAUGUUCUUGAUUGGUGAUGCACUUAGCGAGAAAAUAGCAUGGCCAGUCCUAAAGGUUGAAGUCAUGCCUACACCUGCUACAGAAGUAACACCAACUAAAUGUGCAGGGAAGAAAAUAGCAUCACCUUCGAAGCCAGCCAAGAAAAAAGCAGUGAGUCCAGGCAGCACUAGUUCGACCAGAAGUCCGAAGCAGAAGUGCACUCUCUUGGAUUGCAACAACUCUGGACGUAAGGUAGCUGAAGGAAGGGUAGCUUCAACGGAUCCGAAUGAGUUGUGCCACUUUGUACCCCUAGGUCCAAAUGCAAGCAAGGUGUGGAUUGAUGUGGCUAAGAUCGGUGAUGCAAAAGUCUGGAGGCCAAAUUCAGAGAUUGAAUACAUAUCUGAUGCAAUGGGUUCGGUUGUGGCAUGGCCAAAUGACAAAAUCAAGUUUGUCUAAAAUUGUCGUCUGAAACAUUUUUCAAGUUGGUUCUCAUCGGCUAUGUAUUUCUAGUGUGUGAUCGAAUGUUUAGGUACUUUUUUACUCGGUUGAAAUCAUGUAUGAUAUUAUGUAACAGUUAGCAGACAAAAAAACAAAAAUUAUGUGUUAUAUUAUGAUAUAAGGUUAUGUGUGAAAAUGUUUAGCUUGUUAACCCCUAUACCCUUAAGUGCAUAAUUUUACAUUAAACCAUAAGCUUUAAAAAUUAAAUCCACAGACGGGAAGACCAAAAAUUAAAAUC